CAACACCAACGACAUUAAUAACAACGCCAACACCUCUCUCUCUCUCUCUCUCUCUGUUCUUUUGGUAUUAGUUUUUGUUUAAUUAUAUUUGUAAUCUGUUUUAAUUAUAUAAUAAUAAUAAUAAUAAUAAGAAGAAGAAGAGGAAGAAGAAGAGGCAUAUUUUAGUAAGUAGCAAUUACGCGCUUUGCGCUUUUCCUUCCUUGAAAAAUAAAAAUUCUAUUUUUGUGUUCUCUCUCCCUCUUUCUCUCUGAAACAGAGAGAGGCUGCUGCCACCGGAUCGAGCUAUUUGCCAUCUCCAGAUCUGGGUUUUUUUUUUUCUUUUCCUUUUCUCUGAUCUCGUUUUGUCACCGUCAGAUCUGAUCUGGUGCAUAAAAGGGGUCUCUUGAUAGUGAUUGGCAUUGCCAGUGUAGAUCACUUCUUGUGACAAUGAAGAAGGUGUUUGAUCAAACUGUUAGGGACAUUAAGAGAGAAGUUAAUAAAAAAGUGCUUAAAGUUCCUGGUAUAGAACAGAAGGUUCUUGAUGCGACCAGUAAUGAGCCCUGGGGUCCUCAUGGAACUCUCCUAGCAGAUAUUGCACAGGCUACCAGAAAUUAUCAUGAAUACCAGAUGAUCAUGGCAGUAAUCUGGAAGAGGAUAAAUGACACUGGCAAGAACUGGCGGCAUGUCUACAAGGGUUUGACUGUUCUGGAAUACCUGGUUGCCAAUGGAUCAGAGCGUGUCAUAGAUGAGAUAAGGGAGCAUGCAUAUCAAAUCUCGACCUUGUCAGAUUUCCAAUAUAUUGAUUCCAGUGGAAGAGACCAGGGUAGCAAUGUCAGAAAGAAAUCCCAGAGUCUUGUGGUCCUGGUAAAUGAUAAAGAAAGGAUAAUUGAAGUUAGACAAAAGGCAGCUGCUAAUCGAGAAAAGUUUCGCAAUACGUCAGCUGGUGGAAUGUACAAACCUGGUUCAUAUGGUGACAGAUAUGAUGAUGAACGUUAUGAAGGUCGCUAUGGAAGCAGGGAUGAAGAUAGAAAUGGCUAUGGCUAUGGGAGAGAACGAGAUUACAACUAUAGGGACGAUGAUCGAUAUGGUAAAUAUGGAGACUCUUAUAGUCGUGAUGGAGAUCGGUAUGGAAGAGAUAAUGAAGAGCGCUACAGCAGAGAUGGCUACAGAGAUGAUGACUACCAAGGAAGAAGUCGAAGCAUUGAUGAUUAUGGUUCACGAAGCAGGAGUUCUGAUAGAGGGGCUGAUGACGACGGUCAAUCCUCAUCUCGCGGUAGUGGUGCUAAAGCUGAUGAUCAAUCUCAGGAUGGAAGCAUUGCCAGGAGGCUUGAGCGAAAAUUUUCUGAACAAAAUAUUGCUCCACCUAGUUAUGAAGAAGCUGUGAGUGAGUCCCGAAGUCCUGCUCACAGUGAAAGGAAUGGAGAAACUUCAGCAGCAUCUGUUCCUGGAGUAUCUUCUCCGCCUGCUCCUAGAGCUGCCUCUCCAGCUGAAAGCAAUAUUCCAAGUCAAGCAGCCACUGGUUUUGGUACAACUAUGUCUUCUGCAGGCGAGGAAGUUGAGGUGGCUGAUGAAUUUGAUCCUCGUUGUCCUGGUUCAGCUAGCCCCACCACUGCAGCUGCCUCUGCUGCUGCUACUGUCUCGAGCAAUGCUGAAAUGGAUUUACUUGGCUCUCUAUCAGAUUCAUUUGCUGCAAAUCCAUUGGCCAUCAUGCCAGUCUCCGCUGUGGCCACCUCUGAAGUUGACACUCAGACAAACUUUCCUGGAUCCACAUUUUCUGCAACGCAGCCUCCAUCUAGUGUUAUGAAUAUGCCUUUUGAAGAUCCAUUUGGUGACUCUCCUUUCAAGGCUAUUCCUUCCACCAGCGGUACUAUGUCAGCUCAACAGCAUACUUCUACCUCUGGAGCUGCUCUUCAGCCUACCCUCAGUCAAAGUGCUGAAAUCCCCCCCACAGUGCCACAAGACACGGUGAAUAAUUUUGGCUUUGGGGACACAUUCUCUGGCUUGACUUAUUCAGCACCUAAUGCCCAACCAACCUCAGCAAAUUCACAGUUUUUACCACAAGAACUGUCAACCUCACACGAUGAAACUGAUAUUCUGGCAGACAUCCUCCCAACAACUGGGCCUUCACCUGUAGUAGCUACACAAGCUGGUUUUCCAGCUCUGGCUGGUCAACCGGCAGAGCCAGGAGCCAAUAUUUAUGGAAACUACAAUUUGCAGGCAGGAUCUGUUGCACCAGUAUCUCCAAAUAUGGGCCCUCAGACAGCACAGUUUAGCAGUGGAAACUUUCUCCCACAUGGAGGAUCUACAGCUCCUAUCUCUUCAGCUGUGGCUCCACAAACUCCAGCUGGACCCGGAACACAAUUUAACAAUGGAAACUUACUUCCACAACAAGUUUCUGCAGCCCCAGCUUCACAGUUUCACGGCGCAAACUUCCUCCCAACUCAGGGCUCUGUUCCGGCUGCACAGUAUACUGCAACAGGACCAAAUCCGCAGUUCAGCAAUGGUAGCUUUCUCCCACAGCAGGGAUCAACUGCCCCAGUGGUCAUGCAAGCUGCUCACCAUUUUGCAACUGCACCAACUCCACAUUUUAACAAUGGAAAUUUCAUGCCACAACAGGGCUCUGUUGCCCCAGUUCCACAAGUUGGCUAUCAAACCCCAACUGGAUCUGCUACUCAGCCUAAUAAUGAUGUCCUGGGUAACCUAUUUACACAAGGACCAAAAACUUCCUCGACUUCUCAGCCAGGUAUUCCAUCUUCAGCAGGACCACUGGCUCUAGUUCCACAACCAUCUAAAGAAAAAUUUGAGACGAAGUCGACAGUUUGGGCGGAUACACUGAGCAGAGGGCUAGUCAAUUUGAAUAUCUCUGGACCUAAAAUCAAUCCAUUGUCGGACAUUGGAAUAGAUUUUGAUGCCAUUAAUCGCAAGGAAAAGAGAAUGGAAAAACCAACAACAGCUCCCGCCACAUCAACCAUCAACAUGGGUAAAGCUAUGGGAUCUGGUUCAGGGAUAGGCCGAGCAGGUGCAAGUGGUCUUAGGGUUCCUCCAAAUCCUAUGAUGAAUUCUGGCAUGGGAAUGGGGGCAGGCAUGAAUAAUAUGGGAAUGGGGAUGGGAGGAGGUCCUGGUUCAGGUAUGGCCAUGGGAGGGUAUGGAGGCAUGAAUCAACCCAUGGCGAUGCAAAUGGGGAUGGGGAUGGGGAUGAACAUGGGGAUGAAUGUGGGGAUGGGGCAGGGUGGCCAAAUGCAACCUCCUGGUUCAACCAUGCCUGGGGGUUAUAAUCCAAUGAUGGGCACAGGUGGUUACACUCAACAGCCUUACGGCGGUGGCUAUCGAUGAUAAUGAGCUAGUUUGUUAUAUGGAAGUGUAUUGAAUACCAGACGUCUUUUUGAGGUAGAAGAGAUGUCAUAGCAAAACCAGAGAGUUACAGUUGAGCACACGCUUAUUAGUCUGAUAUGCGGUGGAAAGAUGUGAUUUUGAUCGAUAGUUGUAAUCUGUUUGAAACUGAAAUGUUGCCUGGAUGUGUUUCCGUCGCACUAUUGUUUGCAAUAUCAUUCGUUUUGGGUCAGGAGUCGGUUUUAGGCGCAUGCUCAUUUCAGCUGUUGUGAAUUUGUAAUAUGUGAGGAUGAGGAUAACCUUUCUCAGGUUGUCAGAUUACCCUUAUUUUUUUCUUCUUUCACAUAUAUAUAUUUUUUUGUAAUAUGUCAGAGAUCUAUAAGACGCUUGACUAUUGAAGAAAACCAAUAAAUCUGAUGAUUCAUUUGACUA